AUGGGGCGAGUCCGCCAUGUCAGAAGUGGAUGCGAAGUACAAGUCCUGACACCUGCUAAAAUGGUUUCCGUGGAUGGUUUUGAUCAAGAAACCAAAACCAUCUAUGAAUUUUACGGGUGCCACUUUCACGGGUGCCCCCGUUGCCUCCCAAGAAAUCGAGAUGUCCGCCGCAACUGCCAUAAGGAUCGAACCGUAAAUGAAGUGUAUGACGCGACUGAGAGGGAAGCGGCAAUGUUAAGGCAAGCUGGCUAUCAAGUAAUUGAAAAAUGGGAGUGCGACUUCAACCAAGACAAAAAGACAGACCCCCAGUUAAAAUCGUUCCUGCAAGACCUGGAAAUGGUACCCCCUCUUAGAACCGAGGGAUGCUUUCUAUGGGGUUCGUACAGCGGCAGCCACUCUUUAUGCCAAAGCAGACCCAGGGGAAGACAUCAAAUAUUGCGAUGUCACCUCUCUUUACCCAUGGGUCAAUAAAUAUAAGGAAUAUCCGGUGAGAUUUCCGAUCAUUUAUACCAAUCCAUCCCAACCAGAUAUAGAUCAAUACUUUGGUGUGGCACAAGUUGAUAUUUUGGCCCCUGAGCACUUGUAUCAUCCCGUCUUACCUGUCCUUUCUAAUGGUAAACUCACCUUUCCCCUGUGUGCCUCGUGCGUCCGAGAAGAACAAGCCAAGCCCUGGCUCGAAAGAAGCAACAUAUGUAAUCACACUGACGUUGAAAGGAUGCUGCGUGGGACCUGGGCCACAGUGGAGUUGCAAAAAGCGGUAGAGCUGGGAUAUCAGAUCAAAAAAAAUCCACGAGGUGCGGCAUUGCCGCGAAGAGGACAGAAGGGCUCUUGGCGGAUUAUGUCAACACCUGGCUGAAGAUAAAGCAAGAAUCAGCAGGAUGGCCAGAUGAUUGUCGUACUCAAGAACAGAAAGACGCAUACAACCCAGCAUACGAGCAGAAGGAGGGAAUUACCUUGGAACAUGUGGCUAAGAACCCGGGGAGGAAAACGGUGGCGAAAUUAUUGCUCAACAGGUGAGUUCCUUAGUAAGUUACACGAAAAGUCUGGUCAUAAGAGUCAUAAUUUGCAGAAAAAUUCUGCACUUAAGAAGCAAGGAAGCAUAUGACAUGACAGGCAAGGUGUUGACUCAAAAUUAGAAGGAAAUAUAUGACAAUGGUGCAGACAAAGUCUGCUACUAAGAAACGUUAUUUGCAGGAAAAGUCUGCAAGUUAAAGACCUCCUUUUAAUUUGUUUUUCUAUUUCUUUUUCUCUCUUCCAGCUUCUGGGGCAAAUUCGGAGAGAGACAAAACAAGCCGCGAACACAUGUCAUUCAAAGCGCCCAUCAGUUUUAUGCUAUCCUCAACGACCCCUCCUACCAUAUCGGAGCCAUCCCAUCCGUGACGACCCAAGCCAAAGAGGAAGCGGAAAAGAGCCUGAAGACCAAUGUAUUUAUAGCCAUUUUGACGACGGCCCAUGCUCGUCUAAAACUUUUUGA